GAUAGAGAGAGAGGGAAAAGGAGAGGAGGGGAGAAGGAGAUCUAACAAGAUUCAAACUAGUGGUCUUUCCCCGAUGCUUUGCAAUUGCCGGACAUCGGACGCUAAACGGGACGCACCGGGCAACAACAGGACACACUGCAGGAGGAUAUGUGAAGUUGGAAUCCUACUAAACUAAUGUUGUGAAGUGGCUCUGUCCCUGGAGCCAAGACUUCAUCCCUUUGGUGUCAGCAAGGAUGCUGUGGGUUACCUUGCUGAGCACCAUAGCCUUAGGAUGGACCACGCCGAUCCCACUACUGGAGGACUCGGAGGAGAUCGACGAGCCCUGCUUCGAGCCCUGCUACUGUGAGGUCAAAGAGGGCAUCUUCCACGUCCACUGUGACAAUAAAGGAUUUACAAAUAUCAGCCAGAUCUCCCAGAUAUGGAGCCGGCCCUUCAAGCUCAACCUGCAGAGAAACUCCAUGAGGAAGCUUUACUUUAACAGCUUCCUCCACCUUAACAAUGCCAUAUCCAUUAAUCUGGGCAACAACGCCUUGCAAGAUAUUCACGCCGGAGCGUUCAAUGGCUUAGGAAUACUCAAACGGCUGUUCCUGCAUGAAAACAAACUAGAAGUUUUCCGGAAUGACACUUUCCUGGGCUUGGAUAGUUUAGAGUAUCUCCAGGCAGAUUACAAUGUUAUCAAAAGGAUUGAAAGUGGUGCAUUCAGACACCUUCACAAAUUGAGAGUACUUAUAUUAAAUGACAAUCUGAUUCCUGUGCUCCCAAAUUAUCUUUUUAGGUCUGUGUCACUCACACAUCUGGACUUGAGAGGAAACAGACUAAAGACAUUGCCAUACAAGGGCACACUGGAGUAUAUUGGGAGGAGCUUAAUGGAAAUCCAGCUAGAGGAGAACCCCUGGAACUGUGUCUGUGAAAUUGUCCAGUUAAAAACAUGGCUGGAGAGAAUUCCCUACACAGCUUUAGUGGGUGAAAUCACAUGUGAAUAUCCUUUCCACUUACAUGGGAAAGACUUAAGGGAAAUCAAACGCAGUGAGCUCUGUCCUUUGCUCUCGGAUGCAGAGAUAGAGGCCAAGCUGGGAAUUCCCAGGAUUCCAUUCAACAAUGAGAACACAUGGCCUACUAAACCUUCCUCAAUGCUCUCCUCCUUUCACAACACAGCCUCUUCUGUGGAAUACAAGGAAAGAGUUGUAAAACCCACCAAACGACCUCGACCCACAAAGAACCCCCCAACUCCCCGUAGCAUCUACCCAGGCAUCAACCAGCCCCCAAUUGCAGGUUAUCAAACAAGGCCCCCUAUUCCAAUAAUUUGCCCUGCUGGAUGUAUUUGCAAUCUUCAUAUCAAUGACCUGGGGCUAACGGUAAACUGUAAAGAGAAAAGCUUUCAUAACAUCUCAGAGCUUCUUCCACGGCCCCUCAAUGCCAAGAAAUUGUAUCUCAGUGGAAACCUAAUACAGAAGAUCUAUCGUUCUGAUUUCUGGAACUUCUCAAGUUUGGAUUUACUGCAUUUAGGUAACAAUCGGAUAUCUUAUGUCCAGGAAGGCGCCUUUAUCAACCUACCGAACUUGAAAAGUUUAUAUUUGAAUGGGAAUGACAUUGAGAGACUCACCCCUGGGAUGUUUCGGGGGCUUCAUAUGUUGAGUUAUCUUUACUUUGAGUAUAAUGUCAUUCGUGAAAUACAGCCUCAUUCCUUUUCCCUGAUGCCAAAUCUCCAGCUGGUUUUUCUCAAUGACAACUUGUUGCGUUCCCUCCCCACUGAUGCCUUUGCUGGAACCAACCUUGCACGUCUCAACCUCCGCAACAAUUACUUCCUUUCCUUGCCCGUGCAUGGUGUACUGGAGCAUCUGACCUCGAUUGUCCAGAUUGAUCUCCAUCAGAACCCCUGGGACUGCUCCUGUGAUAUCAUUCCCCUCAAACAGUGGUUGGAAAAGCUCUCCUCUGUUAUUGUAGUUGGAGAUGUCAUCUGUAAGACACCAGAGUUUGCUUUUGGGAAGGAUCUGCGUUCACUUGAGGUUGAAGUCAUCUGUCCCGAGCUUAAAUAUUCUUCAGGCCCAUCCCCAGCUCUGCCUGGUGGGAAUGACUUCACCACAGGGAGCUCUGACAUGGGGGUGGCAGGUGGGAGAGGUGCUGUCCCACUGUCUGUCCUCAUCCUUAGCCUACUAAUCCUCUUCAUAUCUGCUGUGUUUGUGGCCGCUGGGCUUUUUGCUUUUGUUCUUCGUCGCCGGAAAAAGUUGCCCUUCCGGAAACGUUCUGAGGUAGAUCUGACAGGGAUCCAAAUGCAAUGCAGAAUUUUUGAGGACCCACCAAGGCAAAGCAGUUCCGGGAACACUGGCACACCAGAGAAACCUACGCAGAGUAUGCACACACACACCCAUGCUAGUCACACACAUGCUCAUGGCCACGUCUAUGAUUACAUCCCUCAUCCUGUGACUCAGAUGUGUAACAACCCCAUUUAUAAACCUAGAGAAGGGGAGAUAGCAGAGGAGGAGAGAGCACAGUUUUCUGAGAAGAAAGACAAUGGGAGCAGUAGCAACAGUAACUACAGAACCUUAUUAGAGAAAGAGAGAGAGUGGACCCUGGCUGUCUCCAACUCUCAGCUCAACACCAUUGUUACAGCCAACCACACCACGGCUGACAUGGCAGGAUUUCAUGAGAAUGGAGGGCUCUGCCCAACAGUGAUUGACAGUCAGAGGCCCACGCCUACUGUUGGUUUUGUAGACUGUUUGUAUGGGACAGUACCCAAAUUAAAGGACAUGCAUGUGGCGCAUGCACACCCACCAGGCAUGCAGUACCCUGAUUUGCAGCAGGAUGCACGGCUAAAGGAGACGUUGCUUUUCACAGCGGGAAAAGGUUGCUAUCCCGACCCGUCCCAAAGUGAUUACCUUGAGUUGAGGGCCAAACUUCAAACCAAGCCGGAUUACCUCGAAGUCUUGGAAAAGUCUUAUCGGUUUUAACAUCUCUAGCCCAUGGACAAAAAAAAAAAAGACACAACGUCAACUUAUUCACUUUGCCACCCUCAAAACGAACUCACCCAAAAUCCAUGUUAAAAAAAAAUGAAACAAAACAAGCAUAAAAAAACCAACUUGAAAAUGCAGCAUGAUAUAAAAUAAAAUAUUAUAUUACAGUCACAAUGUUUCCCCCCCAAAUCACUUUGGAGGAGAGGCCAUUCUCAGAUAAUUCAAUUAAGUGCCUUUUUUUCAGAGUAGCCAGCAAUGUCAACAGCCGUUAUUUUUAUAAUAUAUAAAUAUCUCAAUAAGUCCACGAGAGAGGAAAAGAGAAACAAGAGGGGCACUGGGGAAUAAAACAUACAAACCAUCCUACAUCUGUCACUAAAAUCCAUUUUUAUGGAAUUACACGAUGCUGUACCAGAUUCACUGAAGACGCACGGGAGCUGGACGUCUCCCUGAUUUUGGGGUUUUUCUUUCUCUCUUUUUCCCCUGACUAGGAUGUACAAACACCCGGAGGCCGUGCACAUUAAGUUUGUAGGAAAUGAUCAAAAGAGAGAAAAAAAGAAUAUAUAUACAUAUAUAUAUUAAAAUGAACUGCAGUUUGCUGCAUGCACUUGCUUCGGUGCAGGAAGUGAGAGGAUUUUCUCAGAACUAUCCAAUGACAUUAUGAACAGAGAUACUGCAACGCAUUUACAGUUCAGUGUUCUAUUUAAUUUUUAUAUCUUAUUAAUAUGGUUAUUACUAUUAAUGAGGACUUCUGUCUAUAUCAGGGUGCUUCUCGUAAAAAGGAUGCGCCGACGCACGGAUGGCAAAAACAUUUGUGAAUAUUACAAUAAGACAAUGCCGAAGGUUUUCUGGAUAUUUCCACACACUUUGUUAAGACCCAACCCUUCUCCCCCUUCUCCCCAACCCCCCACCCCACCCCUCCAUUACUUCUGGAUUCCCCAUCGCCACCCACUAACGGCUUUGUAGGAGGCACUUUUAAUGUUUUCUCUCUCACAAAGAUUUGAAGAAAAAUGUGCAUAUAUUUAUUCUGUAAUUUCAGUGAAGAAUUUAAUUGUAAAGGUAAUGUUAAAUCAGUGUAUAGUGAUUAUGCGUCUGGUAUAGCCUUCUUAAUAAAAACAAACUCUUCAAUCAAAUGAUGAAAGGCUGAAUUGGGCAGGGACGUGUGUGUGGAGCACUACUGACAGGGACUAUAUUUGGUGUCCUGUUACAAAAAGGCAUGAUGAAGCUCUGGUCAGCCAUCAUGAGAAAAUGCUGCUAGAGUCAGAAUAACAGUGUGCUAGACAAGAAUGUAGCGGGAAAAAACAUUUAAACUAAGUUCAGCUUAGUGAUAUUUUUCAGAUUAGUACUAAAUUUAUAUACGUUUUAAGUUAAGUGUUGGUAAGAUAACCAGAUUUAUUUAUUUUUCCUAAAAAUUUUUAUGUCUAUUCAUAGUAUUCCCUAUGGUCUUUACCUGCUGAAUGUCUUAGUGUACCGUUUUUUUCACCUCUACAUUGCUGGUCUCAGUUGGAUAAUACCUGGAGCAAAAAUCAAGUGCAAUGCCACAACACGUCACGCGAAUGCUGCGGGGUUUGAAAUGGAUAUAGCAGUUGAUACCAAAUCAGUGAGGCAUGCUGCGAUUGUCAUUAUCUAAACGGGUAUUGCUGAUGUAGGCUAAUAAACAGUAAUUGAGAGGGUGAAUGAAAACGUGAUUGGAAGAUGCUCUUUGAAUUUGCACAUCUAAUUUCUGUGACUCCCUCCACAGUAGCAGUGUGGAUUCGCUCCACUGGAGGGCGAUAAAAAGGUGUUCAGAUUCAGUUGGGCAUUUAUUAGAUUUGAUGCAGUUAUGAGGUGAUGCACAAAUUGUUCAUCCUAAAAGGUCAUACAAUCUCAUAUUCAGAUGA